AAGUCACAUAGAGAGAGAGAGAGAGAGAGAGAGAGAGAGAGAGCAUAACGUUGAAGUUGAAGUUCCCGUGGCUUGUAAAUAAAGAGGUAAGGGUGUGUUUGUUGAAGUCAUGAUAGUGUGAAGAGAAUGGGUUGGAAGAGAAAAGCGAAAGAGUUGUUGAGGCCGAGAGAGGUGUUGUACCUCUUCACCAUCACAAUCCUGAGCCUCCUCCUCCCUCUCUCUUUUCUCCUCUUGGCCACUCUCUCCGGAGCCCAAUACUAUCUUCAAACCCUCACUUCGUUACAAUUUUCACCACAACCCUUUCCCCGUCUAUUCCACAUCGCCCUCAACAUCAACCCAUGUAUUCUCUACGUUCUCGUCUCCAUUGUCAGCGUGGCAACCCUCAUCCAGGGCUUAAUGGGCAAAAUAAAAAUCACUCUUUUCAGCGACUCCCCAUCACCAUCACCAUCACCAUCCAGGUCCUCUCGUCUCUCCACGGCGUGGGCUCUCCUUUGCGCGUUCCAAGUUUGCGUGGGCCUGGGCAUCGAGGGGAGCAUUGCGGCUGGGCUUUAUGACGAGGACUACGAGUCCAGUUUCGGCGUGGAGAGAAGCCUGGUGAGCAGGAUGAUUUUUCUGUUGGGCCUGCACGAGACCACCCAUGUUUGGUGCAGGAUGGUGGUCAGGCCCGUCGUGGAUGACACGGUUUUCGGCGCCUCCCGGAGGGAGAGGUGGAUUGAGAGAGUGGGCUUGGCGGCGGGCUUGGGCACGUUGUGGUGGUGGAGGCUGAGGGAGGAGGUUGAGACUUUAGUGGUUGUGGCGCAAGUGAAGAAUGAGCAGUUAAUGGAUGUGGGACUUGGGGACUUCGUUGGAUGGUGGUUGUAUUAUCUCGUUGUGACCAUUGGGAUGGUGAGGAUCGUGAAAGGUCUCAUUUGGAUGUUCAUGAUUUCUCUCUGUACAAGAAGGCCCAUAACAGAACAAGUGGAGGAGAGUCAGAACGAUGACAAGGUCUAAUUGCUAAUUACCCUUCACCACUUCUGUAAUUUCCUUUUUUCUUUUUUGGUUUUCUAAUUCAGCUUCCCAUUUUGUUAUUCUAUUUUCUUUGCUCGGGGACAUUACAAUAUUCUAUUAUUUCUAUACCAAUUGUAACAAACCCCAAACCAAUAUUGUCAACGUAUUAUUGCUCAACAUGUCCA